AUGCAGUGGUGUGGACUCUAUUUCGUUGCUAUUAAAGUGUUGUUGAUGUUUUAUCUUUGUAGUGAAGUGAAUAGUCAAGAGACUUUAUUUGAAUUACCGGUACAAUUAGUUGGUUUUCCAGCCAUUACUGCUAGUGUUAGGUUAACUAAUUUUCUUAAAAAGCUAACAUACUCCCUUAAUCCCACGACAUAUCGAUCGCGCAAUCGUCGUGAACUGUCAUAUUUGAGUGACACUAUCGAGCCAUUCGAUGCUCUAGAAGUUGAGAAAUAUAUAGUCGGCGAGUUCGGCGCGCGAGCUUGCGUGUUUGAGCGCGUGUGCGCACGCUAUGCAGCGAGGGCGCAAGCACAACCGAGACCGCAGCUAGACUGGCCCGAUGUUUUCAGCCAGUACAAGCGUUCAUCAGAUCAAGCAAAGGAGUUCUAUUUGCUGAGCGUAUUCCUCGGGGACAUCGUAGGGUCACCACAGCUCUGCCAUCAGCUCGGGAAACGAAGAGGUUGUGAUGAUGCACAGUUAGGAGCGUAAACCAAAACAAACUAAGCCUAAGGUUUUAAGUAAUAUUUAAGAAAAUUCGUAUAUUAAAAAGUAAAUAAUCGGUUUAUUUCAACUGAUCUUAAAUAUGUAGACUUAUAAAGGAUCCGUUACGACUUCGUACUAAAUAUUAUAGGAAUCUUAUUUUCAAACAAAUGUAUACAAUCUAAGUUUGUUGCUGAUAAUUAUUUCGUCUAUAGUAAAAUACAUUAUAGAUAGGAUAUGAUAGGUAGAGUUACCUGGAGAAUAAUGGUUGGAAUAAGCAUGCCUAAUGGUCACUACCCCCAGCCUUGAGGAAUCGACAAAGAAGAAGACAUUAUUAAAACCAAUAGGCGAAACAAUUUUUAAAGUCGGGUAAAUCUUUUCUCUGCAGUUAGCGGCAAUAAAAAUCAUCUUUUUCUAAUAUUAGUAUAGAGAUAUGCAGGUUCAUUAU